CAGACGGCUCGAGCGUAACAUCCCUACCGGCCCGUCUUCAGCCAAGAGGCCCAACCUGUCCUCCCCAGCUCUGUCCGUGUCUGCCAGUGAUGGAAAAGCAGGAGGAGACAGACCCUCCCAGCCAGAUUGACCCCAGCUCCAUAGAGAGGGCCUACGCUGCACUGAGCCUUACAGACCAGGGCAACCAGAUGCCACAGCAGACGCCGCAGGCCAACAUGCCAAACCAGGGGCUGCAGGGACAACCUGGGAUGAGGAGUCUAAAUGCCAUGGGAGGAAACUCUAUGGGAGUGAAUGGUGGAGUGGGGGUGCAGCCCUCCAACCAGCAGUCCACAUUACUGGCAGACGCCAUGUUGCACAACAACAUUACAGCGCAGAGUUUGAUGAACGACAGUGUGGGGAACCUGGGCUCCAUGCCCACAGCUACUCCCCCCUCUGCUGCAGGGAUGAGAAAGUCUUGGCAUGAAGACAUCACGCAAGACCUCCGCAACCAUCUUGUCCACAAACUUGUGCAGGCCCUCUUUCCUACUCCUGACCCAGCUGCUCUGAAGGACCGGCGGAUGGAGAAUCUGGUGGCUUAUGCACGAAAAGUAGAAGGGGACAUGUACGAGUCGGCCAACAGUAGGGUGGAGUACUACCACCUCCUGGCUGAGAAGAUCUAUAAAAUCCAGAAAGAGCUGGAAGAAAAGAGGAGGACUCGGCUCCAGAAGCAGGGCAUGAUGCCCGGCCAACCUGGCAUUGCCUCUUCUGGCCUUCCACAGGGGCCCCCUGGUGUGGCCUUACCUUGCCUUGACUAUUCAGAAAUGAUCUGAAUACUUCAUGUACUACUGGUGACAAUAAACAGACAUUUUGACCUUUUAUUGCAGGAAAUAGCUAAAGUUAGGCAAAUUAGUUUGGCAAUUCACUUGGAUUUCAUGUCCCCAGCAAAAGCAGCAACAAUGAGAAAAAAUUCACCCAUUAAGAAUCACACUACUCGCUCAUCUAAACAGAGUAAUGUUGGUUCUUAUGACAUGAAUUUGAUCAAAUGAAUAAUACUAAUGUAGGACAGUGGAAAGUGUAUUACCAUAACUGUAUUAAAGUGUUUCAAAACAACAAUGAAAAACAAAAUAUAUCAUUAAUAAAAUGUUAACUGGGAAAAAAAGUAUUUUCAUAUG